AAGUUAAAAGGCGAAUCCACAGUGGCCAAAGACCGGCUCAUAAAGGAGGCAAAGCUGUUAUACGGAAUAAAGCAUUCGAAUAUUCCGACUUUUCUGGGAUUUAACGAUAAUCCUUAUUCAUUAAUGGUUGAAUUUUCGACGCUCGACUUUAGACCCUUUGGACACGAGAAAAGAGUGGACAACCUUGGAGAUUUCUGCCAUUUUGUUGACGAUGCUUACGACUUUGAAUCGUUUGCGGAUGUUUUGGUCGUCUGUGCGAGGGACGUUGUUAGUGCACUCAAUUAUCUCCAUAAGCAUGACAUUGCGCACAGAGACUUAAAACUUAGCAACGUAUUAGUGAACAACCAACACUAUUCCAACGAAGACCAGGAAUUAGUUUGGCGUAUUAUGCCUUGUGUCCCAUCAACUGCAAAGUGA